AUUUUUCAACCGAUCCCGGCACUCCAUUUCCGUCCCUCCCUCCAAACCCUUUUUCUUCUGAUUGCACUCGCUGCUACAAGCUCUGCGUCUAGUCCAACUUAGUCUUCUUUGUUGGCAUACACAAAAUUUCUCUUCCAUCUUAAUCUCGGAAACUUCUCGUUUCCCGUAUCUUUGGAAUUGACCGGAGUUUGAUGAAUCAGACGUCGCUGCCGGCUCAGAAAGACGAGUCUUUAAGGUGCGACAUGAGGCCUGGUGAAGCAUUCUUCCAGGGACCCAAAGUGGUUGUUGAAGAUGAUGGUAAUAUAGCUUCUUCUUCUCCUGUUGGGCCCAUGAUCAAGAUCAGUGUCUCUCAUGGUUCAUCUCUGCACGAGCUCCAGCUCCCAGCUCAAUCUACUUUCCGGGAUGUCAAGAAACUGCUUGUGCAAAGAAUUGGUUUAGAUCCUCAAGGGCAACGACUCUUUUUCAGAGGGAAGGAAAAAGAUGAUGAAGAACAAUUGCACACUGAAGGUGUGAAAGACAAGUCAAAGAUUUUGCUUUUGGAUGAUGCUAAUAGCAGAGAGAAGAAACAUGAGGAAAUUAGAAAUGACAAAGAGAUUUCAAAAGCUUCUGAAGCUGUUGCUGGAGUCAGAGCAGAGGUGGACAAGCUCUCAGAGAGGGUGGGUGCCAUAAAGAUGGCUGUGGAUGGGGGGCACCAAGUUUCUGAGCAAGAGUUUCUUGUCUCAACUGAGUUACUUAUGAGGCAACUGCUAAAACUGGAUGGUAUUGAGGCUGAGGGCGAAGCAAAGUCGCAGAGAAAAGCUGAGGUAUCUCGCGUGCAAAAUUAUGUGGAUACAUUAGAUUCUCUAAAGGCAAGAAAUGCCAAUCCGUUUCAUGGUUUCAGUAACGCUGUGGCAGUAACAACCAAAUGGGAGACCUUCGACCCUGAAGAGGGAAAUGUGAAUGCCCCAACCUCAACGUCAUCGUCUUCAACUUCGACCAAGGUAACUCAAGAUUGGGAGCAGUUCGAUUAAUAGUUGCUCUGGUUCCAUUGGAAGUUGCUUGAAACACUUGGCUACAAAGCUGCUGCGACCAUAUUUUUCUUGGGCCUUGGUUUUUCAUUUGAGGUUCAAAUUUUUAGCUUGCCUUAGAUGAAAUACUUGUGAGAUAAACCUACUCUUUGAAACAAAGAUCCAUUGUUACAGUUUGAGCUUAUCUUUAUUUCACUUCUUUCAUGGUUGUAGUGUCUGUCAUUGUUAUUAUUUGGUUUCGAUUCACCGCUCUA